AUGUGGAAUUCACAACAUCAUACAAUAGCAUUAAACAAUUGGUACAAUCGUUCAAAUGAUAAUGAAAAACAACAACGUCUUAGUCAUAUUCUUGAAAUUGUACCAGAUUUAAGAGUUGUACCUGUAUCAUUUGUAGCAAACCUAAUAACAUUUAUUCUUGAUUUAGCUUAUUUAGCAUCAAUACGUGGCUAUUUAAAAUUAGAUAAAUGCUUAUCAGAUAAAUUACGUGAAUAUCAAGAAAUACCAAAUCGAGAUCUGAAUACAAGCAAUUCAAACAAUAAUAUCAACAGCAAACAUAUCCCUUUAUAA